CAGUUAUACCUUAACUUAGCGCUCACUUACUUACUCUUUCAUAUUAAAUGAGAACUCUGGUUAUACUAGCAAUUUAGUUAUGCCUAACCACUAUUACUUAAAAACCGCUUAUGCUUACUAUUCCCUGUUUAUCUUUCAUUUUCAGACAUUAAACGUGGCAAAAUGGCCAACACUGGCAUCGCAGCGUCGUCUCCAAUGCCCACAGCGGCUAAUAUUAAUGCAGCAAAAGCAGGCAACACGAAUGUACAACAACAAGCUAGUCAAAACCCUAAUAAAAUGAUGCCGCCUGCACAGGUGCAUUAUCAGCAGCAGCAACAACUACAGCAACAGCAAAAUGUGAUAAAGAAUGUGACAAACAAUGCAGACAUCAAAAUAAAACAGCAACAACCAACGCCCAAUUCACUUAACGUAGGCAACAAAAUGUGGCGCAAAGAUGCUGAACGUGUGCCACCAUUGCCGCAAGCUGCUACUACAACAACAAAUGCGAUAACCACGAUUGCUGGUGAAGAAAACAAUGUGGCAACGCCCACUUGGACGACCGCAAGCGGCGGCAGUGGCAUGAGCCAUCAACAAAACACAACGCGCUACAUAAAGCGCUCGCUCGCCUCGCCGGUGAAGAAACAGCAACCGAAUUUUAAAGAUGAUCCCACAGGAUACCUGCAGCAACAGACAGCGCUGCUGCACAGCUCAAUGAUGAAUGUUGCCAUGGACGAAGACGACGAGGAAGACGAGGAAGAAGAAGACGAUGACGAGCUCGAUGCCGACGCAUGUGCUGAGGAUGACGCAGAAAUGGCGGAUGAUGGGGAUGAUGCUGAAGAUACUGAUGGCUAUGAAAGUGUGUCUGAGGAAGAUAAGCAGAUUAAGCUGAGGCAUGUAGCAAGUGGCAACAACAACAUUGCCAACGGCAGCGUCAAUAUAACAAUGCAACAAAGCGUGCAGCAAGAAACGACAGGCACUUCAAUUGGUGAUAAGAAACCACAAGGCACUUAUGCCAAGAAAGUUUAUGUGCAAAAUGGUGUGGCACACUAUCAGACACAGAUACAGCAACAGCAUCAGCAGCAGGAGACUACGUUUUAUCGACCACAACAACAACAAGCGCAACCACAGCAGCUGCAACAACGUAAGGCUCAACAAAUCAGCGCUCAUCCACAGCAAAUCAUUGUCACCGCUAAUCAAGUGCACGUGCAGCAGCAACAGCAGCAGGCGCAACUACAACAGCAACAGCAAAACCAACAGCUAAAGCAAAUGAAUCUGGUUUCCAUCAACGGUCAACUGAUGGUGCCCACCUCAAUGGCAGCUGACGGUGGCACAAACUUCACGCUCACUUUAAAGCCUCAACAACACCCACAACAACAGCUGCAAUUACAACAGCAGCAGCAACAACCACAACAAAUACAACUCAUGCAACAGCAAAAUAUGGUUUUCAGGCAACAGCAAACGCAGCCGCAGCACCAUUCGCAGAAGCCGAAUCUCGUGCCAACCGCACAAGAAUCGCCAGUCUCCUCAAGUACCGCCUUUGCGCGCUCCACACCCGAAACGCAGCGUCAUACGCCAAGGCCAGAGCAGGUCGGUGCCAUAUCAACAAGCAAUGAGAGCCCAUUACCAUGUCCAUCUCCAGCCGAUUCGGUCGAGUCGGGCAGCUCACGCGCCUCUUCCUCAAAAAUGACCGCCUCGCCAUCGCCAAUGCAACAGCAGCAACAACAAAAACAAUUGCAACAGCAACAACACACAUCGCAAGCCAACUCCAAUCAGGUGGUGCAGAUGCGUGUACAACAACAACAGACCCAACAACAACAACACACACAGCAGAUACGCAUUAUACGUCAGACACCACAACAACAGCAUCAGCAACAGCAGCCACAACGCAUAGCGCUUGCGCGCAAUACGCUGACAUCCAUAGCCGCUAGCCGCGCCGUUACAACAACAACCGCCACUACAACUACAGCCGCAGCAACAACAGCUGUCACAGUCAGCGCUAGUCAACAGCAUUUAGAGACGCUUGCACCGCCGCCACAACCGCAAAAGUUGCAAGCCACAGUACAGAAAUCCAACAACACAAUUCCACUACAGCUGCCCACAAGUCAAAUCAUCAUGACCUCCACGGGACAAUUGAUUGUUAUGCCGACAAAUGGCAAACCCACUGCUCAAUUGCAGCAGCAGCAAGCGCAAGGCCAGCAGCAACUGCUGAUCACUACAGCUGCCAAUAGCAAUGUCACAGGCAGUGGCGCAGGACAAACAACAACCGGCAACGUUAUCAUCCAACAUCAGCAUCACCCACAGAACCAACUGGAAGUACUUGGCGGUCACCAGCAGCUGACCACCGCGAAUGGCAGCAUCAUACUGCAAAAUGGACAACAGCAUCAACAUCAAGGUGGCUACAUUGUAGGUCAGGCGUCCACCGCUGGCGCCACAACGACCACUGCACAACUGCAGCCCGCUACAGUUAUUUUAAAUUCAGCUGGUCAGAAUAUACUAACCACAAGUAAUGGCACUAAGGUGGCGUUGGCGACAACUGGCAAUACUGGCAAUAUCAUACAUGCUGGCGGUCAGCAACUAAUUGCCGGCAAUCAACUGUUGACCACCACACAGAACACCGCUACGGCUACAACUGGUCUAUUGCACGGCCAACAAGCGGUCGUCUUGAAUACGCUGCCAAACGGUGGCUACGUUAUACAACAGCAGCAACAGCCUACUGCUCAGCAGCAAUUUGCCACGCUUGAUGGUCAGGUGGUAAGUCAGAUUGUUCAACAAGCUGAUGGAACUACAGCCUACGUACAACAAACCCAACAGAGCCCACAAACGCAGCAGCAAGCGCAGACACAACGCAUUAUCAUCACAUCGCCGGAUGUGAAGAGACGUGCAAAGAAACGUAAGAACUCCACUGGCAGUGUCUCGCCUGCCAACACGCCCACCACGAGUCUCUCGCCACAAAUUUCGCCAACUAUACCCAACCAAACGGCCAUUAUACAGCAGCAGGCUGCUGCUGCCGCCGCCGCUGCAGCCGUUGCCGUACAACAACAGCAGCCACAACCACCACCACCGCCACAGCCGCAAGUUGUACAAAUCGCUUCCGCUGCACCGCAGUAUCAGCAACAAUUCCAACUUAGCCCUGGCAUACAGGGCAUUGUGGUCAAUAAGCCAGCUACCGCUACAGCGACACAACCACAACAAAUCAUCUUACAGAAUGGCCAAAUCAUACAGCCAAUGAAUCUCAUUGGGCAGCAAUUAAUUGUGCCCACCGGUCUGGUGAUGGCACCCGACACCACAUUACUGCAAAUACAGAAUGUGGGCGCUUGCGGGCCGAGCAUACUCACCACCACACCGCAGGGCACAACAAUGAUGUUGCGCACACCAUCACCCCAAAAUAAGCAGUUCAUUUCGCCCACGGCCACCGGACAGCAAUUCAUUGUCGGCAGCAAUGGGCAAUUGAGUCCGAUCGGACAAAUUUAUUCGACACCAAUGGGUUUGGUUAUGCCAACGGCACAACAGCAAGCCGGCACAGCCACGUACGUGCAGCAGAAUGCGACCAUACAAGUGCAGCAACAUCCACAAGCACAACAACAGCAGCACCAACAACAGUCACAGCCGCAGGUGCAAGUACAGCAGCACGUGGCAACACAACAGCAGCAACAACACCAUCAUCAUGUAGCUAUUCAACCGGCCACCGCCGCAAUGCAGCAACAACAACAACAACAGCAACACUCAAAUCAACAACAACAACAUAUAACCAUGCUGAGCUCUGAGCACAUCGUUAUGGAAUCAGCCACGUCGUCUUCGUCAGCAACCACGUCAUCGUUGACUUCGUCAAGUCGCGGUGGUCAGCGUUCGGCGGCCGCCAGUCCACCGGACACCACCACUCAUAGUCCACGCAGCCCAGAGCGCCCACCCAGUCAUCGGAGUGGUGGCAGUGAUAUGGUACAAUGUGUAUCCAGCUCAGAACCGGAUGGUGCCGCCUCGCCACAGAGUGCUGACAGUCGGCAGUCUCCAUCGACCACGGACGCCGAGAAAGGACUUGUUAUGUCAAGCGCAUAUCAAACCACAAGCAUAUACAAGCCGUCAGAAGCGAAAAUACGUCGCGUACAAACACCGCCGCAGAGCGUGGGCGCAGGUGGCGGUGUUAUGAAUGCCGGCGGUGGCGCUGGAGCCGGUGGCGUGGGCUUUACCAUCACCUCAGCCGCGACAUCUACAGCUUUGGCCACCACACUUCAGCUACAGCAACAACAACAACAACAGCAGCAACAUCAACGUCAGCAGCAACAGCAGCAGCUGCAGCAACAUCAUUCUCUCCACCAGGACAUUGUAAUGAAACCCGAUUCGCACGAGUCACCAAGAAACUCGCCAACAACCACAACCAAAACAACGACCACACCACCACCACCACUUACAACCAACAACCUAGCCAACCGUAAAUCGCCACAAAAGUCGCCAAACAAACUGUUACGCGCUCGUGCCACACGCACCGCACGCUCCACCGUCACCAACAGCACAGAACUGGCUGCUGACAGCACCGCGGUGCCGGCAACAACACACAUUACAACAACAUCGACAGCGGCAGCAGCAGCGGCAACGAUAGCAACAGCAACACAAACGUUUAAAAUAGGUGAAUUGAUUUGGGGUCCAUCGCGCGGUUAUCCCGCCUGGCCGGGUAAGGUGGUGAAUGUGGAAACGGAUGAGCAAUCACAAACCGGUAAUGGUGAACCAGCCGUUUGGGUGCAAUGGUUCAGUGGUGGUGGUCGUAUCAUAACCGAACUGAUAGCGAUCACUUCGUUACACAGUCUGUCUGAUGGUCUGGAGGCGCAUCACAAAGCGCAAAAGGAUACCAGAAAGAGCCGAAAAUUGAAUUCACAACUCGAGCGUGCCAUUCAAGAAGCAAUGACCGAAUUGGAUCGUAUUUCAGCUACUUCGACAACAACAACAUUUGUGAACGCAACAGCCGCCAGUAAGCAAUUGCAGCAGGCAACCGCCUCGUCGACCACAAACACAACACUCAACAACAACGCGAACAGUCCAAAUCGCAACAAGCGCCACAGCAACACCAUGCAGCGUCUACACAAUAACAACAACAACCAUAAUAGCUCUACUGGCAGCGCCGCAGCCACAGCCAACGGUGGUUAUGCAAUUGUGCCAACAUCUGGUGGACCCACACACGCCAUAUCCACCACCACCAGCGCGCAGAACAGCUUCGGCGCACCACCACCAACAACACAAGCAACAGCACCACGCAACAAACCAAUACGCAUAGCGCCGGCACCGGCCCCCACCGGCGCCUCACCCAACAAAACCACAGCCGGCACUACAGUGGCACUCAACCACGCGCAGGCGCAGUCGGCACAACAAGCCACCACGCAACAGCUCUCGGCGCUGGGCAAAUGACACGGGGAGUCGUGCGCACAAGUCUCAUGGUCCAUGCAAACCUACACGCUUGUCAUACACAACAAAUAGCUGAUGGGCGGCGCCAUUAAAAAUGCGGAGCAAUGAGCGGUAAACGUCGACGUAGUAAAUGGCGGUGGAAAAGGUUGAGCGAAACAACGUGCCCAGCAAUGUCCGUUGAGAGAAGCAUGCGACUUUGUGCUGGCUCGGAAGGCAAUCGCUGUGGCUGCAGUGAGGUAGUAAAGGAAUUGAGCAACGCAUUAUGGCACACAUACAUAUGUAUAUGUAUGUAGCGUUUACGCAUGAAUGCGUAUAAAAAUAAUCAUAAAGAAUAUGAAAUAAAAUAAAAUAUAUUUAUAUGUAUUUGAUGAACAUUCAAUAUGUAUAUGGGUAUAUGUGUUAAUGCAUAUAAAAUUAUGUAUGUAUGUUAAAGCAUUUACAUAUACAUAUUUACCAUACAUAUGUGGUAUAUGAAGAGCUACUAUAUGCAUACAUACAUAGUGAUAAAAAUAAAUACAUAAGUGAAAUGUUAAUUUUCCUCAAUUUGAAUAUUUCCAUUGUAAUAACAGCUUCGAAAAACUUCAUUAUUUUGAAAAAUCAUAUUUCUUUUAUGAUAAGCGAUAAAAUGAACGUUAUGGAAAUACUUUUAUGCUUUUAUGAAUUUGUAAAGAUUUAGUUGUUGCAACAAAUUUCGUUAAACCUUCUUAUAGUUAUAGUGUAUAGUUUAAGCGCAACCAAUAAAUAAGUAUGUUUCUUUAAGAACAUAAAAAACACAAAUAUUUAAGCAUAUUCAAACAAUAAAAUCCUUCUGGAAUAGUAUUUUAUGCAUUGUAAUUGUACAAAUUGAAAGCAGAGUUUUAAGAAAUACUUUGUUCGUUAGUUAUUGACUUUAGUGUGUAAGUUGAAUGUAAAAUGUAAGUUUAAGAAUUAAAAAUUAUUUAUAAUAUGUUAUUAAAAACUGAAAUAUUUUUUUCUUAACGCUUUCCAUUGAGGCGUUCUUCAAAACGUGCUAAUGCUUGCAAAAUAUUACAAAACAAAAAAAAACUGCUAACACAUUGUUUUUGCUUUCAAUAAAUAUUUUAAGCACUAUAAAAAGCAAAAAAAAAUAUUUUUUCAAUAAUGCCACAAUAGAAUUUCAGUUAAUGCUAAUGACAAUAAACAAAUGAAGAGAUAAAUUAUUAUUUGAAUAUAUACAAGCAUCAUAAAUAUAUAUAACUACAAAAAAAGAAAGCAAAUAAUAUACUUUUUGUUGCAUUAAAUAUAUACAUUUAUGGCUAAAAAAAUAUGAUAGACACAAAAAUACGUAAAAAAGCUAUGAAUAAGUGAAUAAUAUAUUUUUUAACAAUAGUCCUGAAUUAUUUACAUAAGUCUUGUUUUGAAAAUUUAACAUUUUAUGUUAUGCAAAUCUUUUUUGUUUAUAAAUACAUUGUUUUUGUUGCAUUUUUAUUUAGUUUUACACAAAUUAACAUAAAAUAUUUAGCAUUAAGCCAUUGAAGAAGCUUAGACCAGUAAAAACAUAGUUGUAGUUGAAAAAAAUAAAAAUAAAAUAAAAUAUGCAGUAUAAAUAAAUAAUUUAAACAGAAAAGAAAAAUAAAAUAAUAAAAAUAAAAAUAGAAAUGAACAACAGAAAAUAAUAAUAAAACAGUAAAAAUAGAAAUGCGAACUACAAAUUGAAAAAUAAAUGUAUUUAAGAUGCUAAUAAUCAAAAUCAAUGGUUAAUCAAAUGCUAUAAUACACAAUUAAAAAACACACAAAAUAUUUGGGUUUUUAUACACCGAUUUACAAACAUCCAUACAAUAUGAAUGCGAAAACAUAAUUUUGUGGAAUAAAAAUACAAAUUUUAACAUAAAACGCCCAGAAAAAUAAUGAUAUAAACGAUGAACCUAAAUAUUAUAUUUUUUUUUUUUACAUUUAUGUGCACAACUUUAAUUUUGCUUUUCGCAAUAAUUGUUUAUUGAAUGUUUCGUAAACACCUUUUAUAUAAAUAUUCUCGGAACUCGAAUGUUUUGUGCAUUUGUUUUUUUUAUUACAUUUCUAUUAAUUACUAUUAUUCUUCUAAUUUUGCUACAUAUACACAUAUAACUCUCAAAAUGGUGCACGAUUAACAAAUCGAGUAAUUUUCAAAAAUUCAACCAUUUAUCCACUGUACACAUUUGAUGAAAUUUGUCUUUUUUAAGAAGCCACUAAAAAUCUAAUUUUUCGACAAUGUAUUUAUGCAUAUAUGUAUAUU